ACAUUAUCAAUCAAAAUAAUACUUAAAAUUUAGUUCUAACCUAAAAAAUAUUAAAUAACAGAUAGAAAAUAAUCGACUACUGUAAAUAAUAUUAUAAAAAGCAAAAGUAUGACUCUGAUAUCAAAGUUUCGGCCUAUGACUCGAUUGAGUAAGAAUAUUGAUCUUAUCCCAAUUGUGUUACAAACUUCCAAGAAAUUCAGUACCAGUCGGCUCUGUUUAUCAGAAAAAGAUGAAAAAAGUUUAACGAGAGGUCAGGAAAGAGUUGAAGUCUCCACAGACGUGCGACCUCUCGGUGAAAAGAUCAGGGAAACUACAAAAACUGUGUCAUACACUGGUGUUAUUUUGGCCGGAAUCGGCGUAACUGGCAUUAUAUUUUUUUACGUUUUCCGAGAACUGUUCUCCAGCAAUAGCCCAAAUAGUAUUUACUCUGCAGCUCUUGAGAAAUGCAAAAAUGAUCCUAGAGUGGAGGAUGCUCUAGGGGCUCCAAUCAAGGGUUUCGGCGAGGAGACGUCGCGGCGCCGGCGCACGCACGUCAGCCACGCCGUGUACGAGAAGGAUGGAGCCACGCACAUGCGGAUGAGGUUCUACAUCAAGGGCAUUCGCAACAAAGCCGUUGUUGAACUUGACAUGAAGCAGAAUGACUAUGGCAACUACCUGUGCAGAUAUUUGCUGGUCCAACUUGAUGACUUCAGUGGGAAAACAUUCAUAAUUGAGGACAACAGGGCUGAACUGGACAAGAAAAUGGAUGUGCAGAUGCCUAUUUUAUCUUUAACACAGUAAAUUGAAUGUGGUUAUAAGGACAACCUGUAGAUUUAAAUAUUGUAAAUGUUUUAGGAUUAUAGGAACUGAUUAGUCAUUAUUAAAUAAAUACAUUGUUAUAAAA